CCUACAUCAGAAUCAUUCAAAUACCAUUCGACUUGCAUCCCGAAAAUGCCUUUCACUACUCAACUCCGCACCAUCUCCAGACCUUUCAUCCAACAAUCACACCUUUUCAAGCAAACUUCCAUCAGAAUGUCUUCAACCAACCAGUACGGACAGGGUGCCUCGCACGCCACUGGACAGAGCGCUGUCCCAAACAAAGUCCAAGAGGCUGCCCCUAAGGGCCUCGAGGAGAGCCUGCCAGAGAGUGUCCACCCCACCGGCAGCAACCCCAACAGCCAAUCUACAAGCAAGACCCACGCUCUUAACGAUGGCGAGGACUCGGUCGUGCCCAAGAAGAUCCAGGAGAUCGUUCCUGAAUCAGUUGAGCGAGGUAAAAGCUCUCCCCAACUCUCUCCACAACACUGGAGACAAACACAUACGCAAUCUAUCAUGGCUUCCGCAACAGCUGCAGAUAUCCAGGGACCAUCUCAUGCCAAUCCCGAAGGCCUCAACACAUCGGCUAGCACGCAAUUUCCCCCUAUCAACAUUGGCACGCGCAACUCGGUACUCGCCCAAAUUCAAGCCCGCGCGGUCGAGAGGAACUUGAAAGAUGCCUACCCGGACCGGACCUUCAACAUCUGCCCUGUUGUGGUGCAGGGUGAUAGAGACAAGAUCACACCCCUGCAGCAAUUGAGCCAGGGCGAAAACGCUAAGAGUCUGUGGACAGGUGAACUGGAGAGCAUGCUGGAGUCUGGCGAUCUGGACAUCAUCGUGCACUGUUUGAAGGAUAUGCCAACGCAGCUGCCAGAUCACCUCGAGAUCGGCGCCAUCCUCGAACGCGAAGAUCCCCGUGAUGCCCUCUUGAUCUCCCCUCGUCUGCCCAAGGAGACUACGCUAGCGACCCUCCCUCAAGGUGCUACCAUUGGUACGUCGUCUGUACGACGAGCCGCUACAUUAAGGAAACUAUACCCACACUUGAAGUUCGCCGAUCUCAGAGGCAAUGUCGGAACGAGGCUGGCAAAGCUGGACGCCGAAGAUUCGCCAUACUCGGCCAUCAUUCUUGCUGCAGCUGGCUUAAAGAGAAUGGGACUCGAUAAUAGGAUCACACAAUACUUGAGUAGCACGAGCGGAGGUAUGUUGCAUGCGGUUGGCCAGGGUGCUCUGGGCAUUGAGAUCAGGAAAAACGACAAGGCCAUGAAGGACAUCAUGAGCGGCAUCCGAUGCGAGCGGACAACAAGAGCCUGUUCGGCCGAACGAGCGCUACUACGCACCUUGGAAGGAGGCUGCAGCGUGCCUAUCGGUGUUGAGACAUCAUGGAGAGGUGGCAAGGGCCUCGCAAUCGGUACCCAACCAGCAAAAGACUACGACAAACACGGAAACGCAGUAGAAGAGGAAGAGCCAGAUAUCGACGACCAAGAACUGGUGUUGAGUGCCAUGGUAGUCAGCGUAGAUGGCAAGGAAUUUGUUGAGUACCAGGCAGCACGAAAAGUGCGAACAGCAGAAGAAGCAGAAGAGAUGGGACAAGAGGUCGCCAAGGUGUUGAUCGAGAAGGGAGCAGACAAGAUACUGGAAAAGAUCAACGUGGAGAAGCAGUGGGCAGCUAAGAAGCAACUGGAGGAGCUCAGGGCCAAGGCGGCCAGCUCGUAG